AGCUCGUUUCUACGCGUGAGUUUAGCUAGCCAACGUCGCCAUGAAAUCGUCUACAAAUGUGAUCAGGAAUUYUUAUUUGAGAAGCCGUUUUACUCGUUUUAGCCCACUUUACCAGCUGCCUAUCUUGGUACUGCUCGUAAAGUGGGCAUGUGCAUUUAUUCUUCCAGCCCUACAGGUGGCAAUGUGCGACGGAGGUCUACAAUCUCAGCUAUGUAAUGAAAUCCGGCUUCGCAUUUUCCAGGUUUCCACUGAAGGGGAUUCUUUAUGGAAGUGAACACAUAGGCAAUUGAUAAGCUGUGAAGGCACCGGGAAAGGAAACAGCCAGCCCGAAAGAAAUUAGCUUUUACAUUAAGGAUAUCCUCAGUUAAUUUGCGUAAACGCUUCAUUGUAGCUAAAGUGGUUGAGUUCGGGGUGUUCGCAACGCCAGGUGUUAGACCAGAAUAAGUGUUGGUGGGUGGAAAAUGCCAUCUUUUUUAUGGAGGCUUUGGCCUGGCCUGGUGCUGAUCCUCCCGUCUACGCUGGCGGCUGACAAAGAGUCUUCGUUGCUACAGGACUGGCACGACGUGUGGUUGUUCCGCUUCUUCCUCAACGUGCUGGGCUACGCCACCAUCAUCAUACCUGGCUACUUUCUCAUUGGCUACUUCAAGAGGAUCAACUACCUCGAAACAGGUCGUGGCAUUUGCUAUCCUGUCAUAAAGGCCUGUGUGUUUGGUAGUGAAUCGAAGACUGGUCUCCUGGAAGACGUGUCCAUAGCUCCGAGAAAUGACGCUGACUCGGGCUCGUCGGCCAGACAAGCCUUCAAGUUAGUCUUCUGCGCUGCGGGACUUCAGACAUCCUACCUGACAUGGGGUGUCCUACAGGAGAGGGUGAUGACACGCUCGUAUGGGGCCUCCACCCCCGAGGAGGAGGGUGAGCGCUUCAAGGACUCCCAGUUCCUGGUGUUCAUGAACCGCAUCCUGGCGCUGACUGUGUCUGGCCUGUGGUGUCUCCUGUUCAAGCAGCCUCGCCACGGUGCGCCCAUGUAUAAAUACUCGUUCGCAUCGCUCUCCAACGUCCUCAGCAGCUGGUGCCAGUACGAGGCCCUCAAGUACAUCAGCUUCCCCACCCAGGUGCUGGCUAAGGCCUCUAAAGUGAUCCCUGUCAUGCUAAUGGGUAAGAUUGUGUCGCACAAGAGCUACGAGUACUGGGAGUACCUGACGGCGGCUCUAAUCUCUCUGGGCGUCAGCAUGUUCUUGUUGACGAGUACGACCGGUAAGCACCCGUCUACGGUCACAACGUUCAGCGGCGUGGUCAUCUUGGUCGGCUACAUCGUCUUCGACAGCUUCACGUCCAACUGGCAGGACAACCUGUUCAAGUGCAAGAUGUCGUCGGUACAGAUGAUGUUCGGCGUCAACCUCUUCUCCUGCCUCUUCACCGUUGGCUCGCUGCUGGAACAGGGCGCCUUCUUCGACUCGCUGGCCUUCAUGACGCGACAUUCGGAGUUUGCAUUCCAUGCCGUGCUGUUGUCGGUGUGCUCAGCAUGCGGCCAGCUCUUCAUCUUCUACACCAUCGCACAGUUCGGCGCCGCCAUCUUCACCAUCAUCAUGACCCUUCGGCAGGCCAUCGCCAUCCUGCUCUCCUGUUUCCUGUAUGGCCACGCCGUCACAAUGGUGGGGGGCUUCGGCAUGGCCGUGGUCUUCCUCGCCCUCUUCCUGCGCGUCUACGCCCGCAUCCGCAUGAAGGCAGGACGCAGGGCGCCGCAGCCACAGGUGCAGAAGGUAUAGGAGGAGGAGUCUGAGGAGGGAACUGGAAAACAAAAACUAAAGCCACGUUUCCGUUGUUUUUUUUUUCUGUCUCUGUGUGUCCCGUUUGACUUUUUGUGUUCAUUUAAUGGGUUUCUACUUUGUAUAGGAAAGGUACAGAAAGGGAUUCUAGUGUCUUUUUAAAGGUGUUUGACUUGACACGCACCGAGCCGUCGUCACACAGGUCAAUUAGUUUCGAAAACCCAACCCUAGGCAACACAGUGACUAGGGUGGUUUCAAUGAUGGACUCUUGUCAUAGAGGAACUAUGUUACUGCCUAAGUCACUACUUUAUCUGCUUGAAUAAAAUGCAAAAUGAUCAC